AUGGAUAAGAAAAUUUUAGAAGAAACGAUAAAAGCUAAGAAAGCGAAAGCGAACCCCAGUAAAAUUUACAAAAAAAGAACAGCAAGAGUAAAAAAUAAGAAAGAUUCUGAAAUAACAAUAUUUACAGCACAGCAACAAGAACAUCAUCCAGGCCCUUCAGGCAUAAGAAAUAAGAAGAAUCGAAAACGCCAGCUUUCACUUGACAGCAUAGCUAGUGGUAAAGGUGUAGGCAAAAGAAGUAAAGGGAAAGAAAACAAAGUGGAAGAAAAAGUCGAAGAAAAUAAAGAGAAAAGACUCAUUGAAAGAAAUUACGAAUAUGAUAUUGAUGUUUUUACUAAAGAAAAAAAUAUGACAACUAGAGAAUUCUCGAAAAAAAAGGACAAAGAUGAGCAACUGCUACUUAAAGAGGAAAGUAAUGAAAUAAUAUGCGAGAUUCAAGAAGAGAACCUUGCUAUGAAGGAAAAUUACCAACUAAAUGAUUCAGUACUCGUCAGAUAUUUGAUAAGGAAUAAAUGGAAGUAUUUUGUGGGGUUCAUAGAAAAUAUAAUAAAAAAUGAAGAAAUAUACUUCACUAUCAAUUUUCUAAAAACUGUGAGACCACAGCAGCGCCUUACCUUUAUAACGACUAAAAGAAAGGAUAUUGAUAAAGUUCCAAAGUCAUUAAUAGUGGAGAAGAUAGAUUUAAAAAAAAUAUAA